UGGCGGUUUGGAACGCAAUGGGACAGCCGGCGCGAUCAAGGACGAUACCUCGUCCCAAGUGUGAUUUCUAUGGCUGAGCAAAGUACCGAUGGCCCUUGGACUAAGACGGCCUGCUUCACCGGACUCUCUUUUGAUUUCCCCUUUCCUGCUGGACUGGUCUGGGCUGUCCCAGAGUAAUUCUUUGGUGCCCACUGUCCACACUGAUCGCCCAUCAUUGCCCAUCCCUUCCUUCAAGACGCCUCGUGCCAACAGGAACGAGUCUCAUAGCCUUGGGAAGCAAAUUGUGUUGUGACUUGUCGUCGGCCGUCGUCCCUCCCGAACAUUUCGUCCCUCGCUCGACGCUCAGUCUUGUUCCUUUUCCACCUUUCGCUGACCUUACCUUUCGCGCCAACCCCCCGUCGUUCUUGGCUUUCGAAAUCAGUCGACAUUUGGAGCACGACUGACUACCUACUUUCGUUUCCGCUCGUCUUGCUUCUGCAGAACCGAGAUUCAGGCCUCAUUUCCCUGCGAUUCAAUUUGGCUAUCCUACCUUGCGCUGGGCACUCUUAGUCGCAACUUUGACGAUAGUUGCAACAUAGCUGCAACUGCCAUAUUGACGACAAACUCCGUCCAUUUCGAUCGUUGCCACCCCGAUUUGGCUGACGAAGGAGGCAAUUCAGGACGGACUGUGCGCAACAUUGCAUCUGUUGCCCCGGCCUCCUCGCUCGCUCGCUCCCAUCAUCCAUCGCUCUCUUUCUCUCAACAGGUGGUGCGCACUUGCCUGCAACCCAAAAUACGCCUGUCCGUACCAUCGCGCAAUCAGUCGGUCAAUCGUCUUGGGCUUUUCAACCAUCGAACCAGUCGGUCAGCUCUUGGACCACAGGAAACAAGAUCGACGUUGUUGCAAUUGCUGCUGCUGCUCAGUAGUCGUGUCGGUUGCCAUCUGAAACCAUCUCUCUAUCCCGCCGCACUUGCGACGAAACUUCCAUCCGCUCUUUUCGUCCCUCCAAUCCAUCCAAUUCGAUACCUGCAUAGCGGACAGUCGUCUUGAAUUGUUCCAUCGCUAUUGCUUCGCACGACUCACUACCAACCACCCCUGGUCCCAAGUAAUUGUGCAAGGUACUGAGUUGGAGCACAUAAGCCGUGCGUCAGAUUGCUUCGGACCACAAAAGCAACAGAAAGACCGGAUAAGCACGCAUCAACCAGACAGGAGAAUAGACGCGAGAAGAAAGGACAAAACCCCAGGUAGGAUCAGGUCCAAGAAAAGAAGGACAAAAGGAACGCAGCGACCGCCACCUUUUGGACCGUUCAUCGCUUGUUGAGGUCUCGACCACCAUUGUAAAGGCAAAACUGGGAUUGCCCACACAACCACCAACCAUCUCAGCUUUUCUUGCUUUGAGUUACCCGUCGGCACUGCACAAGGCAACAGGGAAGCAAGCAAGUCGCAGUCACUCCGUGCUUUGCAGAACAAGGAGCGCUUCAGACUCUUUUGCUGGCAACUUCCUUGCUUGGCCUCGUUGUCCAGCUGUCACCCCCGACCUGCUGGCGCAGAAACAGAGAAAAGCCGGGUCGAAAAUAGGGACGGCUUCCCCAUUGAUUCGCCGUCUCCCAAGGAACAACCCCCCGCUAUUGGCAGGGGUGCCCAGGCCCAGACAUCCACAAUUCUUGCCUGGAGGUGCUUUCCUCCCAAUAACAACUCCUGUGAGUAUGACCUCCCGCCAACGCCAACGACCUGCAACUGGCUGCUGUCUUUUCGCUGUUGCUGUUGUGGUUUCUUGAUCCUUCACAUUUGCUUCCCAUCCCACGCAACACCGCAUAUCUGUAUUUCCUCAGUAUUUGCGUUUAUACCACUCUCCUCCCUCCCUGUUACGAAAAGAAACCGAGCUCGACUCGUUUUGUCGCCCGUUUUCAACUCGCGACAGACCUCAGGCGCCUCUUUGGGAAGGGUGAAGUCUCCCUGCUCGAACAACUUCUUUGCUGCCGCUGGGAGCUGGCUCCAUCUUCAUUUCAGAAUCAAAGACUAACCUGCAUCUUCUCACAGGACCAUGUCUCUCCCCGAAAGGCCUGCAGCGACCUCUCCCUUCGAGAAUAGGAGUGCCUACAGAAACUCGCCGUCGCGACGGAAUCGUCCGGACGAUGUCGAGACUGGCGGCUACUAUCCCGUAGGAGGGCGACCUCAGCACCAACGUGGGCAAUCAGCGACCUCUUUCCCCGAGACGAUCUCAACUCCUAAUAUCAAUACAGAGAACCAGCCUCUAUCCCCGACCUACGACUCGCCGGCUCCAGGACCCUCGACCGGCGACCAGGCUUUCACGAGAAAGAGAAGUCUGAUUCGACCCGAGCGACACAGAAUAGACAAGGACCAUCCCAAUUACUACUACCGUAAACAUGCCGCCAACAUGAACGUUCUGCCCUCGGCGACCGGAAACGAUCCGAUAGUCGAGGACAUGGAAGGGACGACCGAUGUUUCUGGGCGUUCGCAAACGAACGAUAACUUCUCGGAUGCUUCACCACCACGAGGAGUUAACAGCAGGCAGAACAGCGGCGAGGAAAAGAAAGGACACUCGAAAACCAAGGCUAAGCGCUUGAGUCGCCACAAGUCGGGCAAGCUCACCAAGGAUGGCAAGGGAAAGCGGCACAAGAAUAAGCAGGUCGAGCAGAUCCGCCCGCCGAGCUUCUGGAACGUCUACUGCGCCAUCAUCACCUUCUGGUGUCCAAACUUUAUGCUGAAAUGCUGUGGUAUGGCCUCAAAAGAGCAGCAGAGAGCUUGGAGAGAGAAGAUUGGCCUGAUCAGCAUCAUCUUGCUCAUCAUGGGAUUUGUCGGUUUCUUGACUUUCGGUUUCACUCAGGUAGUGUGCGGAACCCCGCCGCCGCGCCUCCAGGUCAAUGAUGUGGACAGUGGAUACAUGAUCUUCCACGGAACGGCCUACGAUUUGACGCGCUCCCGUCACCCUCCCGCCGAUGGCGUGCCCAUGAUCAAUAGGACUCACGGCGCCAACGUCUUGUACGACCUGCCGGAGAAGAACGGCGGAAAGGACGGCAGUUUCUUGUUCCAAAACGUCAACGGCAGAUGCAAGAACCUCAUUACCCUGGCCGACAACUCUGAUGUCCCGACAAACAGCAACGGUGACCUGGCGUGGUACUUCCCUUGCACCGUCUUCAACCAGGACGGCUCGUCCAAGCCCAACUUGACAAUUCCUUACUACCUUGGCUACUCCUGCCAUACGACGCAGAAGAGUCGCGAUACCUUUUACUUGGACUUGGACGGUACCGCCGAUGUCUACUUCACGUGGAACGACAUCAAGAACAGCUCCCGAAACUUGAUUGUGUACUCUGGCACUGUCCUCGAUCUCGACUUGCUCAACUGGUUUAAUACUAGCCAGGUCAAGGUACCAGCUCGGUUCAACGAGCUCAAGGACAAGACUACGGCAGUGAACAAGGCCAUUCGUGGACGCGACGUCACCAGAGCUUUCCAGGCCUCGGGCGACAAGCAGAUUGCCGAAUGUUUCGAGGAGAUUAUCAAGGUCGGAUCAGUCGAUACUGACACUGUGGGUUGCAUUGCGUCCAAGGUCGUUCUCUACGUCUCUUUGGUUCUGAUUCUCGCUGUCGUGUUGACGAGAUUCGUCCUCGCUGUCUUCUUCCAAUGGUUCAUCAGCAGAACGUACGCCGCCGCCAAGACAUCUCAGACCAAGGACAAGCGCAAGCGCAAUCAACAGAUUGAGGACUGGUCUGAAGACAUCUAUCGCGCACCUCCCAGACUACCUGGCGAUAUCGGAAGCAGUGUCAAUGGCUCUUCAGAUCGGACGAGCAAACGUCAGAGUACCUUCCUGCCCACAACUUCUCGGUUCUCCGCUGUCUAUGGAGCUGGUGCCGCACCGCAGGCUGGUGGACGCAGGAUGCCUACUACCAUGGCCAGUUCAGGUGCUGGCAGCAACAUGAUGCACUCCAACGCCAUGUACCGCCAGGGCAACGACAGUCGUACCAGCUUCCUUCGCUCAGAUCCCUACACCAGCAACGUACCCUCAACCGAAGGUCCUGGGCCUGCUGGCUUCAUCCACGAAGCCGUUGUGCCUCAGCCGCCCGCCGACUGGAUGCCCUUUGGUUACCCUCUUGCCCACACCAUGUGCCUUGUUACCGCCUACUCUGAAGGUCACCUUGGUAUUCGAACCACUCUCGAUUCUAUCGCCAUGACCGACUACCCCAACAGCCACAAGGUUAUCGUCAUUAUUUGUGACGGUAUCAUCAAGGGCAAGGGCGAGUCCAUGUCUACUCCUGACUACUGCUUGGCUAUGAUGAAGGACCACACCAUUCUUCCCGAGGAAGUCGAACCCUUCUCCUACGUUGCGGUUGCGAGCGGUUCCAAGCGACACAACAUGGCCAAGAUCUACUCCGGUUUCUACGACUACGGCAACGAAUCUGCUAUCCCGCUCGAGAAGCAGCAAAGAGUUCCCGUUCUUCUGGUUGUCAAGUGUGGUACACCCGAUGAGGCGACCAAGUCCAAGCCAGGCAACCGUGGUAAGCGUGACAGUCAGAUCAUUCUCAUGUCUUUCCUUCAGAAGGUCAUGUUCGAUGAGCGCAUGACAGAGCUCGAGUACGAAAUGUUCAACGGUCUAUGGAAGGUCACGGGUAUAUCACCCGACUUCUACGAAAUUGUUCUCAUGGUCGACGCCGAUACCAAGGUCUUCCCCGACAGUCUGACGCACAUGGUUUCUGCCAUGGUCAAGGAUCCCGAAAUCAUGGGUCUCUGCGGUGAGACGAAGAUUGCCAACAAGCGUGACAGCUGGGUUUCCGCCAUUCAGGUCUUCGAGUACUUCAUCUCUCACCACUUGUCCAAGUCUUUCGAGUCCGUCUUUGGCGGUGUCACCUGUUUGCCCGGUUGCUUCUGCAUGUACCGCAUCAAGGCGCCCAAGGGAGCCCAGGACUACUGGGUGCCCAUCUUGGCCAACCCGGACAUCGUUGAGCACUACUCUGAGAACGUGGUUGACACCCUGCACAAGAAGAACUUGCUUCUGCUCGGUGAGGAUCGAUACCUGACAACUCUCAUGCUCCGGACCUUCCCCAAGCGUAAGCAGGUGUUCGUGCCCCAAGCCGUUUGCAAGACCACGGUGCCCGACACCUUUGCCGUUUUGCUUUCGCAGCGUCGACGAUGGAUCAACUCGACAAUUCACAACCUGAUGGAACUGGUCUUGGUUCGUGACCUUUGUGGUACUUUCUGCUUCAGUAUGCAGUUUGUCAUCUUCAUCGAGCUCAUGGGAACUCUCGUCCUGCCCGCUGCUAUUGCAUUUACUUUCUACGUCGUCAUCAUCUCCAUUGUCAAUUCGCCUCCGCAGAUCAUCCCCUUGGUUCUGCUUGCCCUGAUUCUUGGCCUUCCCGCUGUGCUCAUCGUCUUGACCGCUCACUCCUGGUCGUACGUCGUGUGGAUGCUUAUCUACCUCUGCUCGCUGCCCCUAUGGAACUUUGUCCUUCCCACGUACGCGUUCUGGAAGUUUGACGACUUCUCCUGGGGAGAUACCAGAAAGACGGCGGGCGAGAAGACGAAGAAGGCCGGUCUCGAGUACGAGGGCGAGUUUGACAGCAGCAAGAUCACGAUGAAGAGAUGGGCCGAAUUUGAGCGCGAACGCCGGACGCGCAACAACUACUGGGGUUCCAAGGAGAACGUCGUCGGGGGUGGCAACACCUGGUCGGCGCCGCUGGGCCACCAGUACCAAGACGAGUACUACUCUGACGCAUAAAAAGCAAAAUCACACACGGCCGGGCGUUUUCUGUUUCAAAGCAUGAGGAUAUACUUAACUGGGGACUUUUACGAAAAGGCGCACAUCACAUGAGGCCUCUUUUCACUUAUUUCCUGAUGAUGAACCAAAAAGGGGAGGGAUGAGCAUUGCGUAUAAUUGAAAUGGCUCGGCCAACUUGUAAUAAAGGAGAGAGAGAAGCCGGGGUGGAGCAAAACUGUAUUGACGCUGUUCUUUAUUGCCGCAACUUGGAGCUUGAUUAUCGUUUCCCCCGAAUCCCGUGCCGUUGUCCAUCUCCUUGAUAAAGGCGCGAAGCCUCACUUUGUGCUUCUCCUCGUUAUGAUGACGAGGCGACCAUGGAUAUUCCUGAGUUUCCCGGAGGCCGCCGCUGCCCAGUACGCGGGACGGAAGACGUCUCGCAGGGAGCAUGUUCUCCAGUCUUUGGAGAUACUUCUAUCCGUGAGCCGAUCGCAUCGGUUCGCGCAUGGCAUCAGUAUCGCGAAUCAUGAGCCACUGUAUUAAACAUCAAUCUAGUCUGCCCCGGUCGACAUUGCUAGUAUCAAC